GGUGGUUUCCAUCCCGUCGGAGCACGGGCAAGGCAAGGCCGCAUCAUCUGAAGGCGGUGACGAUCGAAACCGCUUCUAGUCGCGAGCGCCGCUGCCACUGCCGCUGUCUCUGUCCGCUUGUCGUUCGUCGCUUUGGCUUUCACUUUUCCGCGAGGUGAUAUUACGUAUCUUGAUCGCGCGAGAAGUGGGCAGGGAAAUGGAACGGAAAGUGAUAAUGACAUGGAACGACCGAAACAUUUCAUUGGUAUUGAUAGGGUCAUCAUUAUUGCAGGCGUUUUGCUUCUUUGUCACGUUAAUUACGAUCACGUCGGCGUACGAUCCAGAUGACAAGUCCCUGAAGGACAUUCUCUUGCCGGAGGGUCAGUUCGAGGCGUUUUAUCUGAAAGGCGCGCAAGACGAGGAGCAAAAUGCCGUGAGGCCGCCCCAUCUUCACGGAUCCUUCCAUCAAUAUCGGAAUCCCGCGUUGGUCGACGCGCCCAACAGCGCGGCGUACGGAUUUCGUUUCGACGGAAAACGCCGCUUCAACUUCAGCUGAAUUACCGCGAAGAAAAUUUAAUACGAAAAUGAAAUAAGAAAAGAAAAAAAAAGGACACCGAACACACCUGAAGCAUUACCCGACGCUUUCAUUAGGAAUUGCGGUUAUCAUUGAAAUGCGAAGAUCGGGAGCACGUAGAUGUCUGGCAGUUAGCGGUUAGAACGGUCUGCAUCGUUUUGCGUAGUCAAGCAUAUAAACUGAAAGUGUUUAUGUGUAAGAAAAUUCCAUAUGUAGCUUCAUAUCUUUUCUUUCAGAUGAAAAUUAUGAAUGCGGUCUACAAUCAUUAUUUUAACAAUAAUUUAACAAUACUUAUUUAUGAUUGACAUAUCUUUUAACAAUAGUUUUGCCUAAUAAAAAAUAAAAUAUAUUGUUUUGUGUCAUUA